AAGUACACACCAAUGCCCACAAAAGUAAAAGUUUCUUUCUUUGGUUGCAAGUCAUUGCUUGUCUAUAUAAAGAACAAAAGUGAGGUUCUUGAUUUACUUUAAAGACCCAGAACCUUGAUUAUUUUUCUGCUAUGGGAACCGAGAUUCUAACUUGUUCUAGUCAGGGAUUUGAGAUAGAAUGCAAAGAGAUUCACGAUUCUCCAGGAAGGAUAAACCAGCUGGUUAGAUCAUUGGCUAGUAGAUCCAAGCUUGAAAGGCAACAAAUUAGAGAGACUUACAAGGUAAUGUAUGGAGAAGACAUAACAAGUUUUCUUCAAAAUGAGGCUAAAAUUGGGUCUAAAGUUUGCGCAGCCUUGUCUAUGUGGAUGAUAAACCCAAAUGAACGUGAUGCCAUUGUAGCAAAGGAAGCUCUUGAACAAGGUUAUACUAAUUACAGGGCUCUUGUUGAAAUUUUUGUGGGUAGAAAAUCAAGUCAUAUUAUGCUUAUCAAACAAGCUUAUCAAUCAAGAUUUAGAAGGCAAUUGGACCAAGAUAUUAUUAAUCUUGAGCCGCCCCAUCCAUAUCAGAAGAUACUCGUAGCAUUAGCAGCAUCACAUAAGGCUCACCAAGUGGAUGUUAGCCAACAUAUAGCUAAAUGUGAUGCUAAAAGGCUACAUGAAGCAGGGGAGGGAGGUUCAGGAGCCACUGAAGAAGCUGUUGUGCUUGAAAUUUUAAGUAAAAGGAGCAUUCCACAGAUGAAACUGACUUUUUCUAGCUAUAAACACAUCUACGGUCACGAGUACACCAAGUCACUAAAGAAGGGAAACUCCAGGGCAUUUGAUGAUGCACUGAAAACUGUCAUAAAAUGCAUGUGCUAUCCACCUAACUAUUAUGCAAAGGCAUUAUAUACAAGCAUUAAAGGGAGGACAACUGACAAGGGUGCCUUGUCAAGGGUGAUGAUGAGCAGAGCUGAGGUAGACAUGGAUGAAAUUCAAGUGAUUCUGAAGAAGAAACAUGGAGUGGAAUUGAGAGAUGCAAUAUGUGAGAGCGUUCCGUCUGGAGAGUACAGAGAUUUUCUUGUUGCUUUGGCCACAAAUACAGCUGCAACUACUAGCCAUUGUCAUUUUUAGUUGGUUGAAAUGAUUCUGUUAUGACAGAGUUUUGCUUAGAAAAGCGGGGUUAAGAAAUUAUAUAAUAGAAAUUUCAGUUCUUGCUUUGGGUUGAUGUACAUUUGUUACCUAAAUCUAGCACCAGAAUUGUGUAAUGUAUUUGACUAAUAUUACUAGUGGAAUGCAAAGACAUCAUUGCCUUUUAUA